UCGCAAAUACAAGCCUGGAAGUUGACAACGUUGAACGUUCUGAACCCCGUCCAUCCUCAAUCAAGCCUUCAUGAAUCGUAUUGUUGUUCCUAAUUUCCCUCGGGGCCGUGCACGAGAUGUUACCCGACCUGCCACGCCUGAGGAUCCCCCUUCCUUACAAGACAUCGCCGACGCAAACGCCUUCCUUGAGGAUGUAAAACAUUCUGCAGAGCGCGGAGAUGUGAAUAGGGCGACUGAGGAAGAUAUCGCCAAAGUAACGGCGUACAGACAUUCCGUCCUCAACGCGUAUGGUCCCGGUCAGGAUGACAUUAUGCCCGUGUGGGCCCAAGCGUUGGAAGAGAGGUUGAAUGAGCGUUUCACCGGAGUUGAGGAGCGUCUUGAUGGAGUUGAGGGGCGUCUUGUCAGGAUGGAAAUCUUGGCUGCCAAAACCUAUAACCUGUCCUCUUCGAGCGGACGCCGAGUCCCAUUCAUAGUGGUACCCACUGUAGAUGGCAUAGACCCUGCUGGGCGAGAUAAUCAUCCGUUGCCGCCACUGCGUACAGCCCAAGAUUUAGGAGAUCUUACCCCCGCCCAGUUAAAUGGCUAUCUGGACUGCUAUCAAUUGCCAUACAGACGGAAUACCACCCGUGAAGCCAAAUUAACCUUGCUCCGCAACCAUAUUGGAUGCACAGCGAAGGUUUGAUUCUUUCUAGAUACACGUAGAUUUCUUUCCAAGCUCCUGGACUAUUAUUAUUAUUACCAGUUAAGUAUUUUAAUUAUUGUACCAUUUUGUACAAUCUGUGAAAGGCGUGUAGGUAGACUGAAGUAAUGCAUGACAAUCAUUUUUGAUUCUCAGAACUUG